AUAAUUAAUAACUAAUAUGUAAAUAGCUACUAAUUACGAUAGUGAGCCAUUCUCAUUGAUAAACACUAAAAGAUAAAUAUUUGGUGGAGAUUAGGAUAUUAAAAUGAAGCAAUAUUUUUAAAGAAGCCGUUCAAUAGAAGAGAUUGAUUAAAUGAUAGAUGAUUAAGACAAAAGUGCAAAGUACAGUUUACUAAUUAGAAAUAGACCACCAUGUCUGAAUUUGAGAAAGUCAAAGAGUAACUUUAAGCCUCCAACAAUAAAUAUUCAAAAUGUAAUUAGUGAUAAACGGGAAACUUAUAUAUAUGAUAAUCUGAAUUUAGAUUAAAAAGAGCCAGGGUAUAAGUUGUUACAAAUUGAAUAGAUUUAAUCCAGUUUGGAGGAAGGGAAGUUUAAAGAUUAUAAGAUUAGUAGCUAGAUUUUUAUAUCAACUGAAGACUAAAGCAGAAACUUUAAAGUUAAAAAUGAUGAAUCAUCAUAUAUUUGAGUAUAUAGAUGAUAAAGCAAGUGAUUUUAAUGAAUUCAAAUCAGAAAAGACAAUAUAUAUUCAUUCAUUUAAGAAUAUUAUAUGUAGAAAUCUAAAGAAGAUGGAAGGUGCUUUAAAUAUCAUAAAAUCAAUUUUUGAAUGCAUAUUUAAAAGAAUAGGAGUAAUAUAUCCUGAGAGUACAUUUAAAAUUAUAUGGGAUUCUAUCGUCGUAUGUUUUAUAGUAAUCAAUAUAUUCUUUAUACCAAUGUCUUUGAGUUUUGAAUUAGAUAAAUCAAGUACGUUAGUAUGGCUUUUUUUCGAAACUAUUCCAAGUUACAUUUUCAUAGCUGAAAUAAUUCUGAAUUUUAAUACUGCAUAUUAUAGUCAUGGAAUAAUUCAUUCAACUAGGAAAGAAAUAUUUCAUCAUUAUGUUUCUGAAAAUUUCUGGUGGGAUUUAAUGAUAUCUAUACCAUAUGUAUUAUCAUAAUUGGAUAUUCCAUAUAUACAAUUUGUUUUAUUGUUAAGGAUUACACGAGUGAAAUCAAUGGUUUAAAAUGUAGAGGAUUUAUUAAAUGCUAAAGAAUCUGUAUAGGCAGCUGUAGAAUUAUCUAAAUUAAUUUAUUUCAUUAUUUUUGUAGCUCAUAUGUGUAGUUGUGCUUGGCAUCUGUUAGGUAAAAUUGAAGUAGAUGUUUAUGGAGAUACAAAUUCAUGGUUAGUUCAUUAUGGUUAUUAUGAUGAACCUUGGCAUACUAGAUAUAUUGUAAGUAUAUAUUGGAGUGUGAUAACAACACUUACUGUUGGUUAUGGUGAUAUUGUUCCAUAAACUUCUAUUGAAUAAUUAUUUGUUGUUAUUAUUGCUAUGAUUAUUUGUGGAGUUUUUGGAUAUUCGAUUUCUACUAUUGGAGAAAUUCUUAAAAAUUUAGAAGAAAAAAAAGGUUAAUUCAAAUAAUUAAUGAAAGAAGUUAAUUCUUAUAUUAAAGAGAAAGAAUUAAAUUUAUAACUCUCUUUAAAAGUUAGAAAAUAUUUUGAAUUCUAUUAUUAGACUUAACAAUCAUAAAAACGUUCUUAUUAAACAUUACUUAAUAAUCUAAAUGAUUAAUUAAAAUAAGAGAUUAUGAUAGACCUUUAUUAAAAGGUUCUUAUUUAAUGUAAAUUUAUUAAGGAUACAUUUAAUGAAACUUUAAUCAAUCAACUUUGUUAAAAAGUAUAAUAAGAAAAUUUUGGAACUGGAGAUGAUAUUAUUGAUAUUAAAAAUAAAAGCGAAAAAAAACUAAUCUUUAUAUUAAAUGGUUAAGUGGAUUGUUAUUAUCAUAUGUAAGGAAUCCCAUAAGAAACAUAGCAUCUUGAAACUUAAGGCAAAUAUUCUCGUACUUAUAAAAAAGGAGAUAUUAUUGGUGAAUUUGAAUUUAUUACUAAUAAUGAUUAUUCUGUUAAAUAUAAGGCCGUUAAACUUACAUAAGUUGCUUUUAUUAAUAGAUAAGAUCUAUUAGAAAUUAUAAUCUAAGAUAAGGAUUAAUUAUAUAAAUUCUAAAAACUAAAUGAUUCUCUUACUUAUUCUUAAACUCUUGGAAGAACUUGUGAAAUUUGCAAAUGGACGCAUUUAUAUUAGAAGUAAUUAUAGAAUUGUUUUAUUUUAUUUAAAUUUUAGUUGUCCAUUUACAUUCUAUUAGCCAAAUAUUUGGAAAAUAGUUCGACAAGCAUCCGCAUCUGUGAAUAUCAAAAGAAUUUCAUUUGAACGAAAGACUCGUAAAAGAUACAAAACUAUUUCGAAUUCUUCUACCACUAUUGAAUUAAUCCUAAAUUUCAUGUUAAAAAAUAAUUUUAUCUCAGAAGAGUAAGUUUUAUUUUUAUAUUUUUAGACUUUAUUAUAGUAAAAGAUUAUAACGAUUUGGAAUUAAUAAUAAUCAUAAAAUUAGUAAUAGAGAGAUACAUGAAAUAAGUUCAGGCUCUUCUUCUAUUUCGAAUUGCAGUGAUUCACAAUCUGAACAAUAUAAUAAUGAUUCGGCUAAAAAUAAACGAACUUCUUUACAAUCAUAAAGUGAAAAAGUUGAUAAAUUAGAAAGAUUAAGAACAACCUAUAAUAUGAAAGAUAGUACACAUAACAAUGUAUUAAAACCUAUCUUAUAAAAAAUGAAUUCUAUUGGUUAAUAUUAACAUGAAGAUUCAGCCAAUUAAAAUUCACUUUCUAAUAUUAAAUUAUUUCCAUAAAUUUAUAAGAAAAAAUCAUCCAUUUCAAAUAUUAAAGCUGUUUCUAAAAUUGAUAAUAUUGGUGCAAAUGAAGUUGAAACCAAUAAAGAUACAUUACAAUUAUUUUAAAUUAAAAAAGGACCUGAAAAUUAUGAUGAAAUUGAUCUCAUGAUGUAAGAAGAUAAUGAUUUUUAUCCAAAAUUUAAUGUUUUCAAAGUUAUUGAAACCUAUAAUAAUUAUAGGAUUAAAAAAUUGGCCUUGAGAAAAAGAUAAUUUUAAGGGUAGUUAAAAUCAAAAAGAUCAUAAAGACAAUUAAAUUUAAAAAUGAUAUCUCCUCGUUUAUCAUAACAAAUAAUUUGA